AUGGACGCGUCUACUCCUGCAAGCUCUGACUUUAAGGCAGGAGAUGGAAUCCCCAAGGCCUCAGAAGGACCAGUGACCUGGAGGUACCCCCAGGCACAGCUAUCAGCACCACCACUGCCACAGCCUCUGCCCCCCAUGAAGGAACACCAGGAUGAACUGGAGGAGCUGCACACCUCCUUCACAGAGCUGUUUACCUUCUUCUGUGCCAAUACCACCAUCCAUGGCCCCCGCCACCUUGUCAGCCGCAGUCGCCUCCGAAGGGUGACCUGGGGGCUGCUGCUCCUGGGUGCCCUGGGCAUGUUCUGCCAUCAUCUUCAGAAGAGGAACAAUGACGUUACCCACGGGGACAGCAAGCCCUCCCUGGCAAUCACGCUGUGCGACAUGAACCCACACCGGCUUGUUCGCCAGCACCUGGAGGAGCUGGACAAGUUUGCACGGGAGAAUAUCUACUCUCUGAUCAAGUUCAACAUCAGUGAGACCAGCGACCCCACUAGGACCACUCCAAUGGACAAAGGCCCAAGCCCUGAGUCAACCUUCCGGCUGGCCCGACAGCUCCAUCUUCAGAUGCUGAAAGAACCAGGCAGGCAUUCUAAAGUGGGGUUCAGACUGUGUAACAGCACAGGAGGAGACUGCUUCAACCGCACCUUCUCCUCGAGGGAGAAAGCUAUCCGUGAGUGGUACCACUUCCACUACAUGAACAUCCUGGCUGCCACCCAAGAACACAGCUACAAGAACCCCUUCAUCCUCUCCUGUGAGAACAACCAGCAGGACUGCGAGGCUGAGAGCUUCUACCAUCACAUUUACGGCAACUGCUACACCUUCAAUGACAUCUUGGCCUCAACACACCAGCAUGCCACACAAAGUGAAGAGCGACUCUGGCUAAGUGGAGGGAUCACCCUGGUGCUCAGAGUGGAGCCACAGGACCACCUACCCUUGCUGUCCUCUGAUACGGGCAUAAAGGUCACGAUCCACAAACGCAACCACACCCCCUUUCUGGAGCCGCCCUUCCUGGAGCCCCGCGUUCCAGAGUCCCAAAUCUUCAACAUCUUGCCGAGGACCGAGACCACCAUCAGCAUAGGAGAGGAAUCCUGGUUCCCGAACCAAUUUGCAAGCUGUGUGGACGGAGAAAAGGGCACAGACAUGCAAUUGCUGUACAAUAAGUCCUAUACCAGGCAGGCCUGCCUGGUCUCCUGCUUCCAGCAUCAGAUGGUCAAGGACUGCUUCUGCGGCUACUACCGCUACCCUCUGCCGGCAGGAGCCGAGUACUGCACCUCUACCCGGUACCCAGCUUGGGGUCACUGCUUCUACAGCCUCUACCAGGAACUGGAAACUCGCAACCACUCUUGCUUCUCCAGCUGCCCCAGGUCCUGCAGGAGCAGCAUCGCCAAAGUGAACAUCAACUGGAGGCUCAACUACUUCAAGAUGGAAAGGACACCAAAGGAGGGCCCCAUCCUACUUAAGCUGCUCGAAGAGAUGAAGAAUCUGAUGGGCCAGUGUUUUGGCAUGUCCAUGCUGUCCGUGAUGGAACUGCUGGAGCUGCUGUUUGACUCUGUGGCUCUCUCCCUGCUGCUGGGCUACCGCUGGCUCUAUGACAUGUGUGCAUCCCGGGCCAAGUGCAGCACAAAGAGCUGUGGCAAAAUCUGCCCAGUGCAGGCCAGAUUGCCCGCAAGCCCAGAAGUCCAGAAAGUGCAACACCUGGCGAACAAGGGCCAGACUUCUGCCAUGAUCAUUCCCAUGCGCUGUGUCUCCUGCGGCAAGAUCGUGGGCAACAAGUGGGAAGCCUACCUGGGGCUGCUACAAGCCGAGUGCAGUGAGGCGGACGCCCUGGACGCACUGGGCCUGAAAUGCUACUGUUGCCGCCGCAUGCUGCUGGCCCAUGUGGACCUCAUUGAGAAGCUGCUCAACUAUGCUCCCCUGGAGAAGUGA